AGUAAGUGGUCUGUGGUCACAGGGGGAAUUUAUCGAAGUUACAUGAAAGCAAACAUGAAAACACACGACUGUCAUAGCGUUGUGCAUCUCCCUACUUAUCUCUGCACACGAACUACAUGGUAGUAUUUUUAGAAAAUGCACUGUGCACUGACAUUCUUUCGAAAUCUACUUAAUUCCAAUAUGCAUGCUCGUGUCUUACUCUACUGCGUGCAAAUAAACAGGGACGCAACGAUAUUCACAGAUUUGCAGUGAAUUUCGGAACAUACCCUACAUUGCCAAUUAUUUUAGGCAAAAUUAAAAUUCUAUACUGCAAAAUAGAAUAAAAGAACGACUGUAAAAAUUAUACAUGGAGUAUUAAAUUACAUAGCGUUUGCUGAGAAAGAUGAUGAACUUCAAAGUUCCCACUUAAUUUCAAUGAAGACGAUGACGAACGAAGGAGUCGAAAGAAAUCAAAGUGACAAUGUCGAAGAAAUUUAUACAUGGCUCGACGAAGUUGUGUCCUCCGGGGCCAAAAAAAAUAUUUCGCGCGAUUUUUCUGAUGGAGUUUUAAUGGCAGAAGUCCUCAAGGUAUAUUAUCCUCAUUACGUCGACAGUCACAAUUACACCCCAGCAAAUAGCAUACGUACAAAAAAAGAGAACUGGAAUACUUUAAACAGAAAAGUCUUUUCAAAAAUUGAGAUGAAGCUUAGUAACACUGUAAUCAACCAAUUAGUAAAUUCUCAACAAGGAACUAUUGACAAAGUUUUAACGGAUUUAAAAUCCAAAAUUGAAGCGGACCUCAUAACUAGAUCUUCAUCAUCCCAAAAGUUUGACGAAACCGACAAAGAGCAAAAAACGGAUGAAAAUGAAAUGCUAUUGAAAAUCAAACCAUCAAGUCCGAUGCAGGUGGCUACCAAAGCGUCCAAUAUUUAUUUCAAAAUUAGUCAGUAUUUGAAGAAUGUAUUUACAAUCCUUGGAGGAUGGAUAAUCACCGGCCUCUUUUUCUGGACGUGGAUUUUUCGUCGUUCGAACAAAGAAUGGUUACCUUCAGUUAACGUUCCCAGCACGAUAUCUGGAUUUGCGGAUACAGAGGAAUUAGUCUCUCAUUUUAUCUACGAGCAAUUAAAACAAGAACUGCACCAGAAAGUUAAUACGAUUUCUACUUUGAAUCAGAGAAUUGCGCAUUUAAGAAAAGUGCUAAGGAUUAAAAAUGUACGCAUUGCACAUUUAACACUGCAAAUCAGUAAUCCGACUGAUAACAACGGAAAUGGUAGAAGCGUUCAUUCCAAACGCUCGAGUCAGUUAAAAAUAUCAAAAAUAUAAUACCAUUAAUUUUUUUCAAUAUUAUUUACAAAUCCCUUUAAGAUUCUCAUGAAUAAUUAUUGUAAAAAUAUAAUAUAGACUGAUCACAUUUUGCAAGAGAGUAAAUGAGGUUUAUUAAUUUUAUUAUUUUUAUAAUAAAAGAUUCUUGAGCUUUUUGAGCUCAAUGACUUUCAAAAUAGUAUCGUCAAAAGGCAGUUUAUCAUGAGUAAAUUUAUCAAGGGUACCAACAGUCUCUGCUCGACGUACUCAACACCCUGGAAGUAAAAUUGGUGACCGUGACUUUUCAUGACUUGAAUUCUAAAGAAACAUUCAAUGAAGUUAAACUUCACGCUAACAGUGAACUGUUCAAUGCAAUUUGUAGUACCGAAUUUGUUAGAUCCCUCAAAGGAACUAGUAAGUAUGCAAAGUGAAAGUAAGAAAAGAAAGGAUAAGAAUUAAACUAUGUAAAUAUGACUUAAAUUUAAAAAUAUUCUUUAAAAUUAAUUUAUAAGCUGCCAAGUUUAAUCUAGUAAACCCAAAGUGAGUAUUACGUAUUGAUCAUGUCAAAAUGUCAAUCAGUGAAAUAUAUAACUAUUACAUUCCUGAGUAUAACGUCAUAGUAUUGCCGAUAUAUGUAUAACAGUUAUUUCGUGUUCGCUAGGAAUUGUCUCCAUUCUGGCACAAUUAAUUAGUUAACUGGUAAGCCCUUGAAUUGUUUUUCCUGACAAAAUUGUAAUAACGAUCACAUUUCAAAAGAGCGGUUUAACUAUGUUUACACUUGUUUAUAAUUUGCUGAUUUCCAAUCUAAUCUUUCAAAAAGUUCAUUGACCUUGUAUAUAUCUAUAUCUGUGAUGCUUCCUCGGAUAAAUCGUGUAGAGUUUACGGCGCUCAUACAUGCGACGAUAAUGAUCGCUAUAAAAUGAUCGAAGUAUAAUUAAUUGUAUAAAACGAAUAUGAUUGGUAAUUAGAAAAUAUUCAAAAAAUUCUCAGGUAAAAAUAUAUAUUCUCUCAUAUCUUAAAAAAGAAACAAGUCAAAUAGUAAACGAAUACAAUUUUUUCUAUUUUAUUUCUUCUUGAUCGCUAAUUGUGAGGCGAAUCCUUAAUAGAAAGACCGUGAAACGGCGCGCGAAAUAGUUGAAAUCUGCUAUGACGCUGUGAAAUGACGACCGUCUGAAAGAACUUGAAUUUUCAUAUUUUGAGUUCAUGAAAAUUAAUUAUAUUCGUAACGAUGUGUAAUAUCGUACAAAUAUAUACAAUCUUACAAAUUAUUUACUGUAUUAAUGUAUAUAUCAUUAUUAUAGAAUUAAUUAUAGAUAUCAAUCAUUGAAUUGUUCUAUUAAAUGGUUAUAUAUACAUGUAUAAUAUCUCAUAGUAAUCAAAUCAUGCAACGACCAUAAUAUCCAAUCAUUAAAAUGGACCCUCCACUUGCUGCAUUAUCUUACAGGGUCAUUAAAUGCAUUAGGAAGUGUGCCAUAUCCGGCAGACGUUCUCAAAUGGAGAGAAAAUUCAUUAAAACUCUUAAGUGCAUUAUCCUGUGCACAACCACCUGU